CAGUCUGGGCUCUGGGUCACAACGUGAAAAGUCACUCCUGGCUGGUGGCAGUGAGGUCACAGGCCCAAGACCCACGGCCAAGGGGGUAUGCCCAGAGAAAGCCCAGGGCCUUCCUGACCACUUGUCUUAGGAGGCUCAGGUCCUGCUCCCCUGAUCCCCUCCCCCUCCUCACUGCCUGUCAGCCACAGCCCCCAGCUGUGGGCUCCUUCCUGAGUGCACCCACGUGCCUCUCAGCCCCUCUGUCUGAGGCCUGAGGCCACCUCACCAGGGUCUCUGCAUCUAACAUCUAGCCCUUCCCCUCAGGGGUCUCAGGAGCUGAGCUGGCCAAAGCCCGAGGGUGUACACCACCGCCUGCUCCCUCCCUCUAGGCCAAGUGCAGCCUCUGUACAUUGUGGGUGCCCACCUAGACUGGGGUCCCCCACACUGCCAGUAAUCAGGCCACUCUCCUGUCCCCGUUCCUGCCUAACGCUAUGGUGAGAUGGCUUAGAAAGACUUGAGAACAGUUUCAGUAAAUUAUUCUGUUAUUCAAGAACACGGCUCCUCCCAGGACUCCUCUGGGACCUUCAGGAAGAAGGUGGGAUUCAAUAGGCUCUGAUGCCCCACCCACCCAUCCACCAUGCUGCAGCAUCCACCUCUCUCCUAACCGACCCACGGUGUCCCACCUGGACGUGGCUUGGGCCCCCUCCUGGUCUCCCCACCCCAGCCUCACCCCAUGUCCCUCCUCUGCACCGCAGUGCUCCAAAUCAGAACAUUCGCCACUUCACACUCUCCACCGACCUGCCCAUGCUUGUGGGCAACCUCCACAUGGACCCAUCUGCUCAGCCCAAAGCCCCCGAGAGUGCCCUGUGUGCCACCAAAGGUGCUGUGUGCUGGGGACACGGGGCUGAGCCUCCACCCUCAGUGUCCAGGAGCCCCUGGAGGCUCCCAGAGGUUCCCAGCAGCUCUGCUGGCUCCAGGACACAAGCAGCCUCAGUCAACACGAUGAACAGAUGAAAAGGAUGGGACUGCCACUUAGGAAAGUGUGAGCAUUCUCCAGAGAUAACCUCACCAGUGGAUAACCUGUGGUCAGACUGACAGGGAGAGUAGGAGGUGCCCAGAGAUUGGGAGGGGCCAGAUUUGGGCAGGGGUGGGCACUGCAGGGGGUCUGGAGCACAGAUGAGGCCUCUGGCCACCACGGGCAGGAAGAGCAGUUCAGGCAGCUGCCCAGCCACAGAAGGGCCUCCUAUGUGAGUACCGAGCCCCCAACCCCCAUCCAAGCUGGGAGAGGCUAGGGGCAGUGCUGUGUGCAUUUGGAGCUCAAUAACAGGCGUGAGCACUGAUUUUGAUGUCUGUCUCCCCCAGCCUGCCCACCCCAUCUCUGAGCUGCCCCCACUCAUCUCCCCUUUUGCAGGCUCACCUCCCACAGCCAGCUGGAUGUUGCUGGCCAGGGCAGCCCGAGGCUCAUGGCGGCUGCAGCUGGACCAGGACCAUCCCCCCACCAGAGCCCCCUCCUGGGCCUUGUGCAGGAGGCGGGGUUGGGCGUGGGGGGCGGACGGAUGAGGGCCAGUGUGAGUGAGGAGCAAGCAAGGCCUGUAAUCUCCCCAUCAGUCUGUCAGCGCCUCAGCGGUCACCAGAGCCCCGCCUCCUCCCUCACAGCCGAAUCCCACGAUUAGCUUGGGGCAUUGUGCCAAGCCAGCAUGCAAGCCAACCACUCACACACACAUGACCACACAUGUGCUGGCACACAUGUCUGUGAUGCCAAGGGGGGACCCUGCCAACAGGGGUCCUGCCCCAGUGUCCCCAGGACAAAGAGCCCACGGAAGGUACCCCAGACCCAGGUACUUGGGCCAUAAGGGGCUGUGGGUGGGAGGGGUCUCGGCCAGCCCCAGCACUGGGUCAGCCCAGGCUGCCCAGAGGGGCUGAGAGGCUUGGCAGAGCUGGGCAGGCCUGGAGUUGGCCUCGAGGGAGGGACCAAGUACGGGAAAAGUGGGGUCAGGGCCAUCUUCACAGAGGGGACAACACAGAGAGCAUUGCAGGGAACUGCUCCAGGCUGCAGUGGAGGUCUUCUGUCCAGGAGGGGUUAGGGGCCUGGCGGGGUGCAUGGUGCUUGGGGCACUGGACAAGGUCUAGAGGCCAGGUUAAGGUGGGACAGUAGGCAGGGCCCCACAGGAACAAACACUUGGGCUAGGGCUUUGGGAAGGCAGAGGGACAGGAGCUCCCAGUGAGGAAAUGCCCCAGCUCAGGGUGGUGAGUGAGACUCAAUGCCUGUGUCGGGGGGCAACAAGGUGGCCAGGAUUGCAUGGGAGGAGGUGGGUGCCCAGCCUUCCUGCAAGGCACCCAGGAAGGAGCCCCCAGCUCCCUGGGGCCAGACCAAACUCCUCCCCCCUCAGUUGCUCACUCAGUUCAGCAAGGAGCUGCCACACACAGGGGCUGGGCCCGGGGCCACCUCCAGGAAGCACUGCUGGGCCUGGCGGACAGGCCUCCCUGGGUCUCCCUCUCUUCAUCCUCCUUGGCCUCCCAUCCACCAUUCUGACAUCCUUUCAUGGGUCCUGAGGUCCCUUCAGGGUGGCCCCCAAAUCAGGCCUGAUUCCAAGAUGGGGGAGGGGAGGCCAAGCCCCUCAAGGCCCCUGGCCAGGCUGGGGAGCAUCUCCAAGGCUGACAGGGAGCAGGUGGGCCCCGCUGGAGUACACCCCCCCCCUCCCCCGCCGCCACCGGCUGCUCUCACUCACCCACUUCUCCCACUUACUGCAUGGAGAGGGGCGGCCCAAGCCAGGGUCCCUCUUUCCCCUCCCAGGGCAGCUGCUACCUUCCCUGCAGGGGCACCAGCCUCACCUCAGCAGUGUGCUGGGCCCUGCAGCUCCUCCGAAGCAGGCCCCUAGCUCCAAUAACACCCUGGCGGGGGGCCAAAAUACGUGUGUGGCCCAGAGACCCCCGCCCUCCCCAUAGCUGGGCCCCACACCACCCAGGUCACCCCCAUCCUGCCAGGCUGCUGCCCCACAGCCUCUGAACCACAUGCCACAGGCUCCCUUGCACCCCAAGACAGAGCUACGCUCCCUGGCCUAUGAGGGCUGUUCCCAGACCCCUGUCCAGCACCUCUCCCCAGCCAGCACUGGACCCACAUGGGCACCAAGCCAAUCACUUUUUCCCGCCAUCCCCUACGCUGCCCUCAGCACGCCCUGCUGAGGCCUCUGAAGACCCCUGGAACGGCCUCAGCCUGAGCAGCCAGCUUGGGGCCGGCCAGGGUGCCUGGAGGGGAGCCAGUGGUGCCCCCCAGCAAGGCCCCCAUUCAACCUACAGCCCAUGCCCUGCACAGGUGGCAUGCUGGCCCAGGGGCCCCAGACCAGAGCAGAGGACAUCUGGGAGAGAGCACGGGGCCCACACAGGGCCAGCCGGCCGGAACCAUCCCAGCCUGGGGAGCAGACGACCCUGCCCAGCCACUGUGUUGACACAGGUGGCCUUCUGAAAGGCUGACAUCAAACCUUUUUCCUCUUUCUUGCUCUCCUUGAGGAGAGGGCCCAGCAGGGGCAGCGUUGGGCACAGACAUCUGAGCUCGCCUGUUUGCCUCUCCACCAUGUGGGAAGUGCUAGCCAACAGUGUCCGAGGGACCAGGGGGUACCACCCCAGGGGUCCGGUCUCCACACCUGGAAGUGAUGUGUCCAGGGCAAGACUGACGGCAGAGCCUGGGUCAAAACCCAGGCUGCACCCAAAAGGACUCCCUCUCCCUCCAGACAGCUCCCAAAGCCAGGACUCACCCGGCACCAGGAUGGCAAGCUGCCAGGUGUCAGAAGUCUCUCGAUCUCAGGGGCUGAGGAGGAGGGUCUGGGCACUGAGCCGGGCCCUGUCCCCUGACGACCCUGAUCCCAGACCAGGGCCAGCCCCUCCCCCGACCAGUGCACUGGGAUACCAGCUGCCAGCCCACGGGGCGGAGGCCCACCAGCCACAGUGGGAGGCAACGUGGGUUGGCCAGUGUCUGUGUGUGACGGCAGCACUGAGCCACAGGAGGGGACACGGAACCCCAGCUCUGGGUCUGGGCCAGCCCUGGGCUCCUCCCCGUGACACAGACAUCGCCCUGGGGUCCCACCAGGGGUGGGCUAGACCUGCAGGCGUCCUCAUGAACAGCCUGGAUGCCAUCCCUAGCCAUCCGGGGCUCCACUGGGAGUCUGGGUCUAGUCACUGUCACAGGUUCGUGAAUUCCACAGAGCAGAGUAACCAACAGCCAUGGGCGGGCGAUGGGGCAGGACAGGCAGAGGCCCAGCCUGGUCCUUUAAACACUCCUGCAGCUGCGGAACCCCAGGGCAAGGCGGGGUUCUUGCCUGGUCAGCAGCGGGGUCUGGGGGCAGAGAGAAGCAGAAGCUCGCCAGGGAAUAUGAAACCACAGACGGAAAGAACCUGGCGGGACAUGUGGCCUAGAGAGAAAAGGGAAGCAGUGCGACUUCCCCCUCUGGCCCCUGCACCCCAGUGCCCCCACUCCACCAGUCAAUUACAAGCCACCGGAUCCACCCAUCUCAGCCUGUAAUCUGAGACCAAAGACAAUUAGUUAGGAGGCCCCACCCCAAGCACAGACAGCAUUUAGCCUCUGGGAGAGGGAUCUGCUCCUCGCCCCAACUAGUGACUACACCUACCUCACACAGGGAGGUUGAGGCUGGGGAACCACUGCAGCUCGCCUGAAACCGAUCAGGCCUGGGUUUGAGUCCUGGCAGGUCUGAUCGGCUUACCUCCUUCUCCCCCCUCCCCUGGCCCCCAGCUCCACCUGCAACCAAGGCAGGCUCUAGGCACAGGAGGCUCCUCAACAGGGAAGAAAAGCUUAUUCCCCCCAGCUAGGAGGCCAAGACAAGAGGCUGGGUGCCUGUUGCUGAAGCAAGAAGGACUGAGGUAUGACAUCAGGAAGGACUUCCUGCUCACAGGAAGACAGCCCCAGUGGCAGAGGGCCUGGUACCUCAGUGUGGCCCUGCCCAGAUCAGAGAACGGACUGCAUGGGAGGGCGCUGGAACCCACAGCCUUUCCCCAACACUGCACCCCCCCCGCCCACGUCGGGGUGACCAUCAGCUCUGGUCCCCAAGAUGUGGGUAUGAGGCAGGCAACGGGAAGGACACUGUGAUGUUCCCAGAAUGGCCCAGGUCCCGGGAUGGCUCAACUGCAACAGACCUCUCCUGGGGAAGAGGGCAUAUGCCAUAUGGACCCCUCCCCAGGCUGCCAGCCCACCCCAGUGCCUUCCAAUUCAAUCUCUUCUGCUCCACUCGCCUGAGCUGGUGCCAGGCCCCCGGGCAUCCUGCUCUGCCCCACCUGCCGGCACUGCCUUCCAGUGUGGUCCCUCCAGGGGCUGCUGGGUACAUGGCCUUGGGCACACACAGGCAUGGACCCAGGGAAGCCCAAAGGGCAGAGGCAGCGUCCCACAUGGCUCCUUGCAGGGCUGCAUCUCAGGUCUGGGGGGCAGGAGGGUGGCCUGAGGUUCAGGUCUCAGUGCCCCACCCUAAGCAGACUAAGUCACGCCCCUACCUGCUCCCCAGCACCCUGGGAAGCACCGAGGGUGAGUAACCUGCCAAAGGUGUGUCCUCGAACCUGGCUCUGGAGGGCGGUCCCAGAGGGCCUUGAGGCCAUGGUGCUAAGGCCUCUAGGGGCGAAAGGGGCCCCCUAGCUGGGCCAGCCCCCUGGGCCCCGAGGACAGGGUCCAGGUUUCCUCCUGCCCUGUGCCUCCCCGAGAAGGGCCCUGGCCCACUCCAGGCUCACUCUGCUGGCUGUGACCUCAAGCAUUCUCCAACCCAAGGGUGACGCAUCCCCUCCCACCCCACCCCCAACCGGUCUGAGCAGCCGAGGGAGGUGGUGGAGCUGCCCAGACUUGCCCUUCCCUGCCUCCUGAGGCUCCCAACCCACGGCCCCGGAAGUGGAUCGCUCUCCCAUGGCUGCACCUCCCCCCUCGGGUGGCUGGACACGGCUGGAUAAUCCAAAAUAAUUCCUCCUUGGCAGGCGGCCGGCGCGAGAGGGGGACCGCAUUCCAAACCCUUGUUUUUCUCACUGACUUCCCUCCCUUCCUGGGGCAAGGAACCCCUGGCCCAACCUCAGGCCUCUCCUCAUCCCUCAGACAGAGAUGAGACCCCAGUAGGUACGCGGGGAGGAAGUGGGAAGCUCAGACCUGCCGAGCCCACCUGCUCCGCCUCAGUCUUCUCUGGGAAUUCCUAAAGGCUGACACACCACAAAAAACACCCAGCAGGCCAGCCAGGCCGAUGCUGACCCUGCCUCCUAGAGACUCUCACUCAGGGCAGAGGAGGGAUAUCCCAGUCCCCUCUCUGCUGGACGGUUCCUGUCCACUCUCAGGCUCUCAGACAGCAUCUCCCUUCCAUGCCAAGGUAACAUCUGGGCAUGCGGUCAGGGGGAGGCCCCCCACCUCUGGGCAGCCAUGUUCCCCACUCUCCACAGGGCCCAGCCCCAGCUGGGAGGGAGCAUGAGGGCUGAAAUCAGACAGGAAAGCGGGAGCGCCCCAGGGUCAUCACAGGCCCAGAGAGCCCUCUAAGGCCCGGACAUUCCACUAGCUUUGGGGCCCAGCUUCACCCCCAUCCUGACCCCGCGACAGGCCACCAUCGGCACAGAUAGACCCCUUCCUUCCUUUUCCAAGUUGCUGGGAAGAGAAGCCCAAUGACGCAGCAGGAAGCUCUGGGGCUCUUAAGCUCAGGGAUCCCUCAAAUCUGCCAAGCAGCCUGAGCAGAGUGGUGGGAAGGGCCCAUCCAGGAGGGCUUCCUGCAGGAGGAGGUACGCACAAGUGCAGGCGAGAGGGUGUGGGGCAGGGCCCAGGCACUGAGUACCCCACCCCUUGUCCCCCUCCGCAGUUCUGAGACUUCCUGGGUCCCAAGGUGUUCACCCAAACACCACACCAACAAACCACACCAGGAACUGUCGCGCAGGCCCUGUGGAGAAGCAGACUCCCGUCCCCAGGACUUGCCAGGAGCUGAGCAGACCCUAGUCCCCUGAAACCCGGAACCUGCACCCACCUUCCAGCCCGGUCAGGCAAGACCAAGGACUCACAGGGUGCUCCUCGUCCACGCUCUCCUCACUAGGAGUCCCAAAGCCCAUCUGCCCUGGUCCUGACGCCCCUGGGGCCCCCUGAAUUUCAGAAGCGGUGGGGACCCUCCCUGGGGCCAGCUUUCGUGUGUGCUCCCUCCUGCUGCCCCUCACGCAGUCUCCAGUCAUAGGACAAGGUGUGACAGUCCACUUCCUCCUGUCUCCUCCCCUAAUGCUCAAGAACACCCAGCCACUGGGGCAUCGACGGGAGGAUGUCACUCAUUAGUUCUUUCAGCAUCUCGCUGAGCUCCCAGCCCCAACCAGCCAGGCCAGACCUUCACCCC